CGCGAUCGCGAGCAGACAAACACACGCUGUCUGGAGGCUGCGCUGAGCUGCGAUCGAGCUGGACACGUCAGUAUUCGUUCGCAUCGCGAAGAAGCUACAACGAAACCGUAUCCAGCCGAUCAUGGUGACACCGGCGACCAAUUAUUCGGUGGAAAAACGCCCGGAGAGCUACGAUAAGUACGAGUUUACGCUACCGGAGCUCUAUCGCAAAAUCGCAAAGGACGAGCUACGGGAGGAUGAUGAAAUUCGGGAGCAAUCACUGACGCAGAUGCGCGAGUGGAUCGCAAAACAUCCGUACAUUCGCCGAUGUCGAACGGAUGCGUCCUUUCUGCUGCGAUUCCUGCGCUUUCGCAAGUACUCCAUACCGAUGGCGUGUGAAGCCCUUGAGCGAUACCUGGCGAUGCGUGAAACCUUCCCAACGUGGUUUAAAAAUCUCGACUGCAACGAUCCUGUGAUGCGGGAGAUGCUCGAGGAUGUGCUCUUCUCAAAGAUCGGCCAGGAUGCGGAAGGUCGCAUGGUGAUCCUGUUUCGACCGAGACUGCUGAAUGUGGACAAAUUUGGCCCACUCGAACAAGGCCGUCUGGUGGCGCUGUUGAUCGAGUCCUUGCUAGAAUGGGAAGAGCUACAGAUCGGAGGAUUUCGAGUGAUGCUCGACUUCACUGAUACCGUUAUGAAGCUCUACGGUCUGUGGGGUGUGUCUGACAUGAAGAUUUUCAUGGACGCGAUCAAUCGAUCGUACCCAAUCCGGUUCCGUGAAAUUCAUGGGGCUAAAUUUCCCAAAUUCGCCGUGUCCAUCUUGAACCUCAUGCUCACGUUUGCCAGCCCGAAGCUAAAGGAGCGAAUUAUUUGUCACAACACGGUGCUGGAGAUGAAGACAAAAUUCGACCCAUCGCUGCUCCCGGAAUCGUACGGUGGAAAGCUGGAUUUGAACGAGCUGCAUCGCAAGUUUCGCAAACACCUCGAGGAUCGCCGCAGCGUGAUACUGGCGCUUGAUGACAUGGACAUUGACACGACGCAAUAUUCCGCCCUCUGGAGCCAAUCGAACCUGGUGGAGAAUGAGGUCGAAGGAGGCGUGGCUGGAAGUUUUCGUAAACUCAACGUAGACUAGUCGUUAAGAGUUGCUAGCGCUAAAGGGUUGGUAUUGAAUGUGUAUGAACCUUGAUCAUACUGCGUUUGCUUUGAUCUGAUAAUUGUGAUGUUUCAAUGUUAGUUGUCAGCCAGCUGGUUAUGUGGAAUUGAAAAUAAGUGCACUGUAGUACAGUUGUUUAAUAUCUUGUUCUAAUGGAAUCAAAAAAGUAAUUGAUUUCGAAAUACAAUGCAAAUCAUAAUC